AUGGCAAUGAAAGGCAUCAGCCUAGGCCUGCACCGUAUCUCGCGGGCCCUCGAGGGUGUCCCCCAAAAGUGGGAUGCUAUUCACGUCGCCGGCACAAAUGGUAAAGGCACCACUUGCACAUACCUAUCAGCCCUGUGCAAAUCUUUUGGCAUCUCAAACGGCCUCUUCACUUCACCCUACCUAAUUGAGCCGCGCGACGCCAUCAAGAUCAAUGGCACGCCCGUGGCCCAAGACGUCUACGCCGACGUCAACCGCAAGAUCCUCGCAGACGACCAGGCUCGCCUAUCACAGGAUGCCGCCCAGGAAGCCCUCAGCCUCUUCGAAGUGACCACCCUCAUCGCUUUUGGCGUCUUUAGCCGCGCUGAUGUGCAGAUGGGCAUCGUCGAGGUCGGUCUCGGCGGCCGCCUCGACUCCACAAACGCCCUCCGCCGCAAGAGCGUCACCGUUAUCACAAAGAUCGGCCUCGACCACCAGGCCUUCCUCGGCAACACCUUGCCCGAGAUCGCCAAGGAAAAGGCCGGCAUCAUGAUGGCCGGCGUGCCGUGCGUCGUCGACGGCAGCAACCCGCCCGAGGUCCUCGAGGUCUUCCGGCAACAUGCCGCCAGCGUCUCGGCGCCGCUGCACCUCACCACGAGCCAGCCCGGUCUGCUCGAGACUCUGUACGACUCGGAGCUAAUGCCGCAUCAGGCGCAGAACAUGGCGUGCGCCAUUGCGGCUUUCCAGCUCGCCUACCCGCACCUUGAUCUUUCUGUGGAAAAGGCCCUGCCGAUUCUAAAGGACGUCAGUCACCUGGGGAGGCUAUCGUGGUUGAACGUCGAGGCGAAGCAUCCGUCGCGGAAGGAAAAGCCCAUCCUCAUCGACGGUGCUCAUAACCCACAGUCAGCCGAGACGCUGUCCACAUACGUCGAGCGACGUCUGCGAGAAGCCGAUAAGCCUGUGACGUGGAUCGUGUCGGUAUCAAAGCAGGACGGAAAGGAUGCCGGCGGCAUGCUGCGCACGCUGCUCAGACCCGGAGACAACGUCGCCUGCGUGGGCUUUUCUCGCCGAGAGACGAUGCCCUGGGUCGAGCCUUUGCCGCUUGAGACCUUGAGGGAGAUGGCCUCGAACGCGGGCGCCAAAGAGGUGUUUGAAAGCAAAGAUGGUCUCGAAGAGGCUGCGAGAUGGGCUGUUGAGACCGCCAACGAUGGCCCGGUUGUCUUGACGGGGAGCCUUUACCUGGUUGGUGACGCAUAUAGAAUCUUGUCGUGA